CCGACUUAAAAGAAAAUGAAAACCCUAGAUCAAACGGCCCAAAACACUUAUAAAAACAGCGUUAAUAAAACCCUAGCUUCCAUUUCUUCUCUGACUCUGAGCACCUCCACCUCUUGCAGUCUCUUCCUCACAUACCCAAAAGCAAAAUGCCAUUCAAGAGGUACGUGGAGAUCGGGAGGGUCGCCCUCGUCAACUACGGCAAAGAUUACGGCAGGCUUGUCGUUAUCGUUGAUGUUAUCGAUCAGAACAGAGCUCUAGUUGAUGCCCCUGAUAUGGUCAGAAGCCAGAUGAAUUUCAAGAGGCUUUCACUGACUGAUAUCAAAAUUGACAUCAACCGUGUCCCAAAGAAGAAGACUCUGAUUGAGGCUAUGGAGAAGGCUGAUGUUAAGAACAAGUGGGAGAACAGCUCUUGGGGCAGAAAGCUGAUUGUCCAGAAGAGAAGAGCAUCUCUUAAUGACUUUGACAGGUUCAAGAUUAUGUUGGCUAAGAUCAAGAAGGGAGGAUUGGUCAGGCAGGAGCUUGCAAAGCUGAAAAAGGAGAAUGUUUCCUAAGUGUUGUCUGAUAUGUAACUCUCAAUUUUGUUAUCAGUGUUAUGCAAGGUGUUAUAUGGAAUGUUUUCCUUCCAUUAGUUUGAGAUUAAGACAAGUUUAAGGAAGCACUUUUUUCUUCAUGAUAUUGUAGUCAGUUAAAUUGAUAGAUUUAUCCUGUUUCUAUGCUAUUUUUCAUGUUACUUUUUGGAUUAUUUUACAUAAGAGUUCUUUGUUGA